GAGAAGCCGGAACAGAGAGAACAUAGAUUAGGAGAGAAAUUUGAAGUCCAAAAUUUCAAGCAACUUAUGGGUUUCUAGCAAAUUUCAAUUUGAAAUCAAGCUAUAGUCUCAGUCCUGGGCUAUUGCGACGCGAGAAGGCGAGAACAGACAACUGUCGACGCGAGAUUCGAGAAGUCGAGAUUGCAGAGGUGCCGAUUGUCGACCGCUGAGAUUGCCGACCGCCGACCUCCAACCUAGUCUUUGUAAUUCCGCGGCUGCUCAAUUCCUCACUGCGGGCUGCGGACUGCCAUCGCCUACGGCUGCUCAAUUCUGAGAUGGAUGAGGAAACGUCGAAUUCAGCACGUCGAAUGUCGACAAGAUCUCGUAAGGUUGCUCCGAAAAUGGCAGCUGCGCUUGCAAGCUCCGACAAUCGAACACAGGCAAUUUUGGCUCGCCUUGAUGCUUUGGAAAGUGACAAUGCUGUGCCGGAGCCAGUGCAACUUGAUGACGAUGAUGAAGCCUCUCUUGAUGACGAUGAUCAAGUAUAUCAGAAGAGGCAAUCGAAAGGCACUAAAAGGAAAACGCGCCAAGCCAAGGCUCUUGAGAACAAGAAGGCUCCAAAGACAUUCAUAGAGCUCUUGAAUGAGGCAAACCUGGAGUCCUUGCCUCCCCAUGUCCCCACCUACUUGAGAGCAGCAGCGGGACCUCCGAGCUCCACCUGCCGUCGCCAUUUCUGCACUGUUUGUGGAUUCUCUGCUCCCUAUACAUGUGUACAGUGUGGGAUGCGCUUCUGUUCAAUCCGAUGCCGGACUAUCCACAACGAUACUCGGUGUUUGAAAUUCGUUGCCUGAUCUCAAGAAGCCACUAGAUUCAGUUGGACUUUGCCCCCCACUUAGAAAAGUUUCUGGAUUUGUUACUCACAACAUCUUUUGCCCGGCCAGGGUUCGCACCAGCCGCAAUGGUACUUUUGAUUCAGGCAAUUCUCUUUGCAUUGAUCUUUGUCGUUUUUGUUUUUACAUUUCCCCCACGGCCGCACCCGUUCUUGACUUCACCGAUGGUUUCUCCGGUCCUCAUACAACCUAUUUCUGCUUAUAUUUAAAUGAAAAACAAUGAUGAACGUAACAAUACAUCCAAGUUGUAAAACACUCAUGUGUA